AGGAUGAUGAAUAACCCUCCGAGAUGAGCAACUAGCAAGUAGCAAUAACGGGCAUUGCUUCGAGUCCCGCCUCCAAAGGUUCCGUCUCUCUCUAUCUGCUUUCAUCAAAUAGAAAGUUGCAAAUAAAUUAGAGAAUUUGAUAAUUAUACGUAGAUAUAGUAGAUUGAUAGGGAUAAUGUCCAUCACUUUUGCUUUUCAUUCUCUCUGUAACAAUGUUUUCCCAUCUCCCACUUCAAAUCAUCUCGAAAUUUCAUCGAUUUGGCGUCCAAUUUCCACUAAACUCCCACAAUUAAGCAACCCCAUCUCUCAACCCUUGAGGAAAACCUUCACCAUUGUUUCUUCCAAGUCGUCCGAAGCAGAGGAGCUCUCUUCUCCUGAGGACGAGUGGCUUAACAAGCUACCAGAAAAGAAGAAGCCCUUGUAUUCUCACAGUUUGCCUUGCGUUGAGGCUUGGUUGAAGAACUUAGGAUUUUACCAAAGUAAAGAGGACCGAGCUAUGUGGCUGAUCGAGAAGCCUGAAUGGCACGCUCAGCUCUCACUCGAUGUCACUGACCUCUAUAUAAGAUAUCUCAAGAGUGGACCAGGAAAUCUUGAGAAAGAUGUAGAGAGGAGAUUUAGCUAUGCACUAAGUAGGGAAGAUAUUGAGAAUGCUGUACUUGGAGGACCGUGAACACCAUUUAUCAUUACUCACUGUAUUUUAAUCAUUCCUUUCUGUCAAUAAAUAUAACAUUAUUUCUUGAUCUAUUCUCUUCCAAUUCCACAAUUGCUAGGAAUGAAAUCCACUUUUUGCUCACUA